AUGAUUGAGCUUGGAAUUUCCAUUGAUGGUGGUAAACAUAUUCUUUCAUUUGCAACUCAAGCUUAUGGUGGAUCUGUUCAUAAUGAUUUGCUUGUGGAGUGGUAUGGUUUAGCUAAUUCUAUACAAGAACUCACAUCAAUGACCUUUGAAGCAAAUGAUCCAUACAUCCAUUUUAAUGUUUAUGAGAUGUUUAGGGAUGGGUUCUGGGUAUCAAUACCACAAGGAAGGGUGAAGAUGCAUUUAUUUAAGGGAAUAAUGGGUAUGGUGUAUAUGAGCUUGAGUCCAAUGGUAAUGUUGCAUUUGUACACGUGAUGGGUUGACAUUUGGAGAUGACAACUUCUUGUAAUGAUUUAUCAAAUUGUUGCUGUAAACAUACAUUCUAUAUGUGAAUGUGAAAGUUGUAUUUUGUUUAUUAAUUUAACUUGUUUAUUAGAGUAACAUACAUGAUGUUAAUUGGUUAAUAUUUGG